AUUGUGAACCAGAGCUCCGCUGAACCGCUUCUAACUGACGGCCAUGCUUUAGACGCGCAGGUGAACUUCUUUCGCUACAACGCUCUUCGACCACAACUCCCCACGAGCUCGGAGCUUAACAGGUUAUCACAGUCAUCAUGUCAAAGAAGAAGGCAGCGAAAGGCAAAGGGAGCGCCAAGAGCCCCAAGGCGUCGCCGAGAAGCGGGAGGACGGGGAAAGGUCUGGCCGCCGCUGGCGCUCCGUCCUCCGGACUGGUUUACCCCAGCAGACCGUCCAUCAGCAACAGCGGGGAGUUCUACGACUUCGCCUUCAAGGUGAUGCUGGUCGGGGAUUCAGGGGUCGGAAAGACCUGUCUGCUGGUUCGCUUCAAAGAUGGAGCCUUUCUUGCCGGGAGCUUCAUUUCCACCGUGGGCAUCGACUUCAGGAAUAAAGUAAUGAGCAUAGAUGCUGUGAAGGUGAAAUUGCAGAUUUGGGACACUGCUGGACAGGAGCGUUUCCGGAGCGUCACUCAUGCUUACUACCGCGAUGCUAACGCUCUCCUCCUUCUCUAUGAUGUCACCAACAAAGCGUCCUUCGACAACAUCCGGGCAUGGCUGACAGAGAUCCAUGAGUACGCUCAGCAGGACGUGGUCGUCAUGCUGCUGGGCAACAAGGUUGACUCGACACAUGACAGGAUGGUGAAGCGAGAGGAGGGAGAGAAGCUGGCAAAGGAGUUUGGAGUGCCCUUCAUGGAGACGAGUGCUAAAUCUGGACUGAAUGUGGAGCUGGCCUUCACUGCAGUGGCCAAAGAACUGAAGCACAGGACCAUGAAGGAGCCCGAUGAGCCUAAGUUUCAGCUGCAGCAGUACGUCGACAAAGAAAUGAGGACUGUCGGCUGCUGCCGCACGUAGACCACAUCCUGUAUGCGUGUGAGAGAGAGAGAACAGGUACAUUGUAUUAGAGUAGUAAUUAACCGGGUGUGUCUGGGAAUUAUGACGUUUGUCAUUGUUUGUAUCAACAAAUUUACGCGUUGGGUGUGAGAACAAGUUGGUUUCAAAGGUAUGGCCAAUUUGCUUUCUCUCUCUCUCUACCAACACACCUAUCCUCUGCAACUGUGAAUGUAAUAUAUAUAACUCCUAUCUACAUGCUUGCACACACAAACGCAUGUACACACACACACACACACACACACAUACCUUUGUAACUUUACUUCACAGCCUUUACUUUUUUCCCCAUCAGCGUGAUGUACAUAUUUUAAAUGUCAUUUUAAUUUUGUGCCCUGGAGCUUUGUAGUUUGAAAAUACCUGUCUUGUUGAAACAAGAAGAAAAUAGACCCAAAUAUGUUGAAUGUUAAAUCGAACUGGUUAAAGUAAUAGAAGUGAUUAGAUCUUAUCAACACGUUUGUACAGAAACUAUUGCACCUAAUGUAAGCUGCCAAAUGGCACUGUGUGCUGUUUAUGUACAGGAUAUCAUAUGAUAACUGUUUUUUAAUACUUGUGAUCGUGACUAUCAUUAUACUGAUCUGUGAAAUUUUUAUUUGAGCGCUUUACCUUUUUAUACACAGAUUGUUUGUUUAGUUUAGGUUUAAAGCUGUUAUGCGAAACAUUUUAAACCUACCAUAGUAAUGAGUAGACCUUAUUAAAUGUAAAAAUAACAAGAUCAUCAGCGAAGAGACUGACUCUACUCUGCGUUUGUAUGGCAUGAAACCAGAGGGUUCUGUUCUAUGAUAGAAGGCACUUCUAGCAGUCUAUCUUUUUUGAGAAAGGGAAAGUCCCUUAAAUGUCCCGUCCCGGGUGGUCCAUUAAGGGGGCUGGGCUGCCGUCCCUCCUGCAAUUCCAGUUGUCAAAUACAAAUGUAAAUGAAAAAUAGUUGUUAUUGUUGUGUUGUGUAUUGAUUUCAAUUGUUACUUUCAUAACUCAUUCAUUAUUACAGAAAUGUGUGACUACGUGUAAUGAAAACACGCUGCCUACAGUCUUUGUAUGCUAUAGGGUGGGGGGGAAUUGUGCAGCCAAAAAAUGUUGCCAAUGGAUUUUGGAUAUUUUGGUCUGUUUGUUCAUAGUGCUCACAUUUCACUGUAUUUUUUUUUUUCAUUCUUGUUAUUCUUUUCUGGCUAAUGACAUUUUUAAAUGAACGUGGCAACAUUGCAGCAGCUAGAAGGCUACUUGACCACGCUGGUCAACCAGUUAGUAGCAACGUAGUCUCGCACUGCCAGACCUUCCUCCACAGCCCUCCAGAGGAGGGUCUGGCAAGUCCACACAGCAUUCCAGGA